AGCGACACGUCAACUACACGGAAGAAGGUCUCAGUCCAACCUGCGGCUGUAUUUAUUGCUGAUAUAAGGAGCAUAGUGUUGUCGAAAUGGGUGGUUUCUUCUCUAGUCUCUUCUCUGGCCUUUUUGGCACCAGGGAGAUGAGGAUUUUGAUCCUUGGUUUGGACGGUGCAGGAAAAACAACUAUUCUGUACCGGUUACAGGUUGGAGAGGUGGUCACCACAAUCCCCACAAUCGGCUUCAAUGUUGAGACAGUCACAUACAAGAACCUGAAGUUCCAGGUGUGGGAUCUGGGAGGACAGACAAGUAUCAGGCCCUACUGGCGGUGUUAUUACUCAAACACAGAUGCAGUCAUCUACGUCGUUGACAGCAAUGACCGCGACAGGAUGGGCAUCUCCAAGUCUGAGCUGGUGGCCAUGUUGGAGGAGGAGGAGCUGAAGAAAGCGAUCCUGGUGGUAUUUGCAAACAAACAGGACAUGGAUCAGGCAAUGACACCCACUGAGGUGGCGAACUCUUUAGGCCUUCCCGCCCUCAAAGACAGAAAAUGGCAGAUCUUCAAGACCUCAGCCACAAAGGGCACAGGCCUGGACGAGGCAAUGGAAUGGUUGGUGGAUUCCCUGAAGAGUCGGCAGUAAAGGCUCACCCACCCACUCUGUAUAUACUCCUGACCUUUGACCCUUCUGUAUGAAGCCUUGUGACUGACCCCCUCCCCAUGUCCCACUUUCCUUUGGACCAGUGCUUGCACUCCUGCCCUCCUUUCCCAUACCCACCUGAAGCCUUGGCCAAGCCCUCCCAAUGCCUUUCAAGCCUGGAACUAAAGAGCGAGGGCUGCAGUAACGUCUGGACACACACUACACCCAACUGAAGGUUUUAGAGAGCCGUAGGACUGCAGGGAUGGAUGGGCAACAGUUAAACUGCAGUAUUUGCAUUUUUAUAUGUUCUGGAAAUGCAUCCAAGUGUCAGUUAAUUAACACCUGUGAACAUGUCAAAUACUGCUAAUUUUAUGAAUCCAUUUGUAAUAGUGUCAACAUUAAAAUGUUAUCAUGGCUUAAGAGUAAUCAAUAAUGAGGCUCUGUGAAAAGCAUUUCUGAAAGCAGGCUGGUCGCUGCAUCAGUUAGCUUCAGCUAAUGAUUUCCAAGAGGGAAAUUCUGAAUAAUCUGCAUGUGCCAGAGAACUUAGAUUAGUACUUGAUGGGCACUAGCAAAAAACAUGCCAUGAAGAUCCACCAGGAGGCAGCAAUUUCUCCCAUAAAGCACAAAGAUCAGAGGUCUGUUCCUAACCUCAGCAAUCAGUCCAGGACACAUCACUGAGAAGCAGCUGCUGGGUUUUAGUUUGCUGGACAGCAUUGAAUUCCAUGUCCAUGUUAAGUGCAGCAAAUCCAAGUUUAUUUACACAGAGAUGUUAUUCAAACUGCUGACCUGUAUGACAUGUUCUGAUUUACUUUUGGAAAGUAAAAUUAAUUUGGCUUCAGACUGAUUGAAAAAAGAUUUCUCUACAUCUACUACAUGUCCUCUAGCCAAGUGUUACUGCAGCCUGGGCUGUUUUUGUACUAUAGUCAGACAGAUGCAAUGAAAUCGAUUUCUACUUUUUCUUCCUGUUCAAUUGUGUUCCCAAAUUUUUAAAAUAUAUUGUGGUGGUUAAAGCCUUUUUCCAUUGAAAUCCUUGAGUGCAGCUUUGGCAUAUUAGUCAUUUAAUUACUGAACACUAACUGUAUGCUCAAAGUUUUAUGGAGGCAUAAUUUAUAUUUGCUUGUACAGUGAAAUUUAUUCUCAGUAAAGAUUGCUAUCAGUGAUUGUA